AUGACAAUACCUUCCUCCAUUGGAAAUUUCAAAAACCUGACAAGUUUAGCAAUUAUUGGUUGCAACCUCACUACACAAACAUUAUCAGCAGUUGCCAAUAUUAGGAACUUGAGAUUUUGUACCAUUUAUUACUGCGAUUGCUUAGUGGGGCAACUGCCAUCCGCAAUUGGGAAUAUGACUAGCUUGGAAAGAUUGGAAAUCACAGAGAGUCACCUUUCUGGGGCAAUACCACAAGAAGUUGGCGCAUUAAAGGAAUUGACAUCACUGAUACUACCGAACACCGGUCUUUCUGGCAGAAUACCAAGUUCAAUGGUUAAUUUGAGUCAGCUGACGCACUUGUCACUUGUCGGCAACAACCUUAGCGGAAAUAUUCCAACAUCACUUUUCACCCUUCCAGUGCUACAAUACUUGGAUCUUUCACGAAACCAACUUUCUGGUCCUAUACAUGAAUUCGAAGGGGUAUCUUCACACUUGAAGAGCGUAUACUUACAAAUGAAUGAAUUGCCAGGGUGGAUUCCUCAGUCAUUGCUAGUACUUCCAAAUUUGACGCAUCUCGACAUUGAAACGAACAACUUGAUGGGCUCAGUGGAUCUUGCAUCAUCACUAUGGAGGUUAGAGAACCUCACAUAUUUGGGUCUGUCACACAAUAAGCUGACUGUGACAGAAGGGGAAGGUACCAACUCUUCAUCCACAUAUCCCUCUCGGCUUGUGGGACUAGGACUUGCUAAUUGCAAUAUGACAAAAAUACCAAGCUUAUUGAUGCAUCUUAACCACACAAAUGAUUUAGACCUUUCAAGUAAUAAAAUAAGUGGGGAUAUACCAAACUGGAUAUGCGGGACUGCCACAAUAUGGAACUAUGAUCUUUUGAGUUUAAAUAUUUCACAUAACAUGUUCACUGGUAUGGAACUCAAUUCAUCACAUGUUAUCUCAUUCAGUAGAGUGUUGGGUGUUUUUGACUUUAGCUCCAAUAGGCUUCAGGGACAGAUUCCCAUGCCAAACUCAUCAGCUUCCUCCUUAGAUUAUUCAAAUAAUAUGUUCUCUUCUUUACUUCUGAACUUCACAUUAUACCUUAGCUCUACUGUGUAUCUUAAGCUGUCCAACAAUAACAUAAGUGGUCAUUUACCGCAUUCAAUUUGCAAGUCUUCACAGUUGGAAAUCCUUGACCUAUCAUAUAACAAUUUUAGCAGACUGGUACCACCAUGCCUGAUGGAAAAUGGUGUUUUGAGUAUAUUAAAUUUGAGGGAGAAUCAAUUCAAAGGGAUGCUACCUACAAAUAUUUCAAGUGGAUGUUCUAUUGAGACAAUAGAUUUGCAUGGCAAUAAGAUUGAAGGUCAACUUCCAAGGGCACUCCAUAAUUGCGCAAACUUGGAGGUUCUUGAUCUUGGAAGAAAUCACAUUGCAGACACCUUUCCUUCUUGGCUAGGGAGGCUUUUGAAUCUUCGUGUCCUUGUCUUGAGAUUCAACUUGUUUCAUGGGUCAAUAGAUUAUCUCGAAGAUGAGAAAUCUAGAAAACAGUUCCCGAGCUUGCAAAUCAUUGAUCUAGUCUCAAACAAUCUCUCUAGCAAUUUGCAUCCACAAUGGUUUGAGAAUUUGAAAUCAAUGAAGAUGUACAACAAUACAGGAAAAAUCAUAGACCAUCAAAAUCUUACACGAGGAUUUUACCAAGACUCAGUCACAAUAUCAUACAAAGGGUCUGUCAUGACAUUUGAAAAGAUCUUAACUACCUUAACAGUAAUAGACAUAUCAGAUAAUGCACUGGAAGGUAGCAUUCCUGCAUCGAUUGGAAAUCUUGUUUCACUACAUGUACUAAGGAUGUCUCACAAUGCCUUCAGUGGAGAAAUUCCGCCCCAGCUUGGCAGCAUGACUGCAUUGGGGGAGUCCCUAGACCUAUCUUCAAACAUGCUGUCGGCUGAGAUUCCACAAGAGCUAACAAAUCUCACAUUCCUAAGCACCUUGAACCUGAGCAACAACCAAUUGGAUGAAAGGAUACCGCAAUUGCGUCAAUUCGGGACAUUCGAGAAUAGCUCAUUUGAUGGCAAUGCGGGGCUCUGUGGACCCCCUCUAUCCAAACAAUGUGGCACUCUUGAUACUCAAAGCAAAACAAAUAUGAAAAGCUCCUCUCAUAGUGUUGAUGUUGUCUUGUUUCUCUUCGUUGGUGUGGGCUUUGGAGUGGGAUUUGCAGCAGCUAUUCUAGUGAAAAUCAAUCAGAUUAGCAAGUGGUUCCAUAUUUUAAGGAAUUUGACCAGAAGGCGCCCAAGUUAGUAGCAGUGUGAUUUACCAGGAAGACCAACAUGUCAUGCACGUACAAAUUGGUACUUUAUAUUCUACAGUUGCUGCUAGAGUAUGCACUAUGGUCAUGUUAUCGAUAAGUGUUGUUAUUUUG